GGUGUAAUGUUUAAAUAAGAAAAUUCUAAUCCCGACUUUUCUACCAAAUGCUGGGAAGAAUUCCAUGAGAGUAUAACAGAAACUGAAGCAAUCUAAACAUGGCAAGUUCAAGCUGCCCUUUUUAUUUCCUGUUUUUCAGCUCAUGUCUUCUCAUUCCAAUUAGCAUACAAAGCCAUGUACAGUCUCCGGAGAAGCAUGCUUCUCUGUUUAUCUUCGGAGAUUCACUAUUUGAUUCUGGAAAUAAUAACUACCUCAAAAAUGCUGCCGGCCGGGCAAACUUCUGGCCAUAUGGGGAGACAUUCUUCAAGUAUCCUACUGGAAGGUUCUCUGAUGGCCGAAUAAUUCCAGAUUUUAUUGCUGAGUAUUUAAAGUUGCCACUAAUUCCACCAUAUCUUCAGCCUGGGAAUCAUCAAUUUACGUAUGGAGCUAAUUUUGCUUCUGGGGGAGCUGGUGCUUUGGUUGAAACUUAUCAAGGAAUGGUUAUAGACCUUAAAACUCAGCUUGGUUUUUUCAAGAAAGUGGAGAAGCAGCUAAGGCAGAAACUAAGUAAUACAGAGACUAGGACAUUAUUGUCCAGAGCCCUUUACAUAUUCAGCAUUGGCGGUAAUGAUUAUGUGGAACCUUUCGUCACGAACUCCAGUGUGUUUCAAUAUUUAUCCAAAGAAGAGUACGUAGGGAUGGUCAUCGGCAACGUCACAACUGUGCUCAAAGAAAUAUACAAGAUUGGUGGAAGGAAGUUUGGAUUUUUAAGCUUGUUGGACUUGGGUAGUAUACCAUCGGUGAGAGCACGAGAACAGAACAGCCCAAGUGGGUUGAUGAAAGAAGCUACUGUUCUAGCAAAACUGCACAAUAAGGCACUUUCUAAUGUGCUCAAGAAGCUACAGAAAGAGCUUCAGGGAUUUAAAUAUUCAGUUUUUGAUUUCUACACAUCAACAACUGACAGAAUUAAACACCCUUCAAAGUAUGGUUUUGUGGAGGGGAAAGUAGCAUGUUGUGGCAGUGGGCCUUACAGAGGAAUGGGAGCCUGUGGUGGAAAUGGGAUGGGAGCAACAAAAGAGUACGAACUGUGUAAGAAUCCUGGUGAAUAUUUGUUCUUUGAUGCUAGUCAUCCCACGGAGAAGUUCAACAAUCAAAUUGCCAAGCUCAUGUGGAGUGGAAAUUCUGAACUCACAAGGCCUUACAAUCUUGAAACACUAAUUGAGGCAUAGUUGAAAAUAGCUAUAGUGUUCCUUCUUAAAAAAGAAAAUAAUACACUUCAAUUGACAUGAUAUGUUUCCAUUAUUUAGUUGAGUGGGUA